UUACACUUAAUAAUUAAAGGAAUCCAGAAAUAAAACGUUUACAAAUUAUAAAUUUCGAAAAAUUAAAUACAAACAUGAACAACAACAAAGAAAUCCCUAAACUUACCCCAGACAAUUGGGAUACCAUCUCUCAAAAACAAUUCCAUUUGAAUUUCCUCAACGAACGUAAUGCCAUCCGUGUCGUUCUCUAUGAUCUCCUCCAAAUUGACAACGAAAUCAAAUGCACAAACAUCGAAAUCCAAAAUCUAAAAAAAACUUUCGACAAACAACUGAAUACUCUCGAAGCCGAUGUCAAAUACUUUCGCGAAGACGACACUACCGAACAAGACGAACAAAACAAACUUAUUGCCGAACGCGUCAAACAAAUCGAAAUGGCAAAUUUGGAUUUUUCAAAGAAAAUUGAAAUUUUCCAAGAAACCAAAGCAAAGAAUUGCGAAGCAAUCAAUCGAAAUGUUGAAAAACUUUUCCAACUCAAAUCACAAUUCAAGAACACACACGAUAUUCAAGUGGAAAGUUUGAAACGUUUUCAAAUGGUUUGUGAUCGAGGUGUGCGCCCAUAUGUAGACGUACGUUUGAAGUCGAUCGAUAGGAAGUUCUGUGAUGAACUCUUUUAUAUUGAUUCAUGCGAAAAGGACUUGGGGCAUAUUUUUACACUGAUCGACGACAAAAAGAGUAUUUGCAGUGGAAUCGGUUCUUGUUCGUCUUCCUCAAACUUCACUGAGGAUUCUCAUAAAUAUUCAGAGUUCCUAAUGGACUUUGCUUGGAUGAGAAAUGAACAAAUAUCAAAACGUUCGGAACUCUAUGAAUACUUCAAGAAAAACAUCGCAAAAGAUCUCGUAGCAGCUCUGGCGGCAAUGCACAUUUAUCAGCCUGAAGACCCCAUCAAGUUUGUAGCCACAUUCCUGAAGCAACUCAAACACAACGAAUUCCGUCAAAGGACACAGCAACUAAUCUUCGAUGCAGCUAAAAAUGGCGAAUCUCUAUUUCCCUCUACUUCCAAAAUCAAUGAGCACCUCUAAAAUUUGUGUCUAAAAAUAUUUAAUACUAUAAAAAAAUACAUUGCACAUUGAACUUAAGUACGUUUGUCUAAAAGCACCAGGUUAUGUCAUCCAUGCACUUGGCA